AUUUUUAAAUUAAAGAUGGCUGCGCCCAUGAAGAAAACUGUGGAAUUGUUUUACGAUGUUGUUUCGCCGUAUUCUUGGAUAGCAUUUGAAGUGCUAACCAGAUAUAAGUCAGUAUGGGGCAACAUGGAUUUGAAACUUAGGCCUUUUUUUCUUGGAGGUGUCAUGAAUGAAUCCUCAAAUCGUCCACCAGCUAUGGUACCUGCUAAAGGAGCUUACAUGAUGAAAUAUGACAUUCCCAGACUAGGAACAUAUUAUCAAGUGCCUAUCAAAAUUCCAAAGAAUCCAGCUGAAGUAAUGUUCGAGAAAGGAUCUCUGACAGCCAUGAGAUUUAUUACAGCAGUAGAUAUUGACCACCCAGAAUGUACAGAAAACCUGUCACGAGAAUUAUGGAUGAGAGCUUGGUGCAGGGAUGAAGGAAUCUUUAACCAGAAUGAUUUCCUAGAGGCAGCCAAGAAAGUUGGAGUAAGUGAAGAGAUUGCUAAGAAUGCUUUAGCUAGAAUAAAAGAUGAUGAUGUCAAAAACAGAUUGAAGAAAAAUACAACAGAAGCUUUAAAUUAUGGGACAUUUGGUGCACCAACAAUAAUAGCCCACGUAAAUAACAAACCAGAGUUAGUGUUUGGAUCAGACAGGUUCCCUAUUCUUGCCAUGUUAUUAGAUGAAGAAUGGAAAGGACCACAAGCAGAGCUGUCAAAAUGUAAAUUGUAGUGUAGGGAAAACUACCUACAAGUGUGAAGAUUUUCAGAGAUAAUUUGAACAAAUUUGAUAAUCAUAAAGUGUGUAGAAGUGACAGUCAAGUGAAGGUACAAUUUGUCAUUCUGGUUGUUUAUAUCUGUGAUAGAAAUCAAAUGUGUAACCAAGAUAUGGUGGACUAAUUGUUAAAUCUAUGUUAAGGUAUGGAUGGGAUGGGCUUUGUUCAUUGUUGAAGAAUGUACUGUGACCUAUAGCUGUUAAUUUCUGUGUCAUUUUGUUCCUUGUGAGCAGUUGUCUUAUUGGCAAUCACACCCCAUUUUCUUUUUAUAAGGAGAUUUAACAAGGUUUGUAAUUUUUCAACUAUUUCACCUUUAUAAAAAUCUGGGAAAUUGGUACCAUUCCCAAAAAUUAUCCUUGAAAAUAAGUACUUCACUCAGGACUUACAAUGAAUCCACAGUAAAUGGCAUUUUAUCAUAUAUCAACUUUACAAUCUACCCAUUUUUUCUUUACCAAUUAUAUAUAUAUUAUUCACUCAGGGUUUCAUCGAUCAUGUAAAGGUAUUUGUAAGAAAGUUGACUACAAGGUUUUUAAAAAAGACAAAAAUGGAAUUACAAAAUCUUUGGUAAUUUUUGAAAACAACAUGAAAUUUACGUAGGGUAGAAUACUAAUCAUGCUUUUGUAACUUGUAAGUUGUAUUAUUUUGGCAUUUUAAUUAUUCCAACAUCCAUGAUAUUGUCCAAUUUUACCAGAAUUCCAAAUUUGCUUUUGUUACCUUAAAACUUAAAAUACAAAAUGUUACCACAUAUAGUGUUAGAUUGUGAAUGCUAUGCAAGAAUUUUAGUAAAGAAGUAUGCAAAAAGUAUUAAGAAAUUUAUAAGAUGUAUACUAAUUGUUAAUUUUAUAAUAAAUGUAAAUAAAAGAUUAAACUAAUA